AUGAUUGUCCCAUCUGUAAAUUCCUUAAGUCCCACUUACGAUCACUUCACUGUGGCAGAUGAAGAGCUCAAGGUGAUGCCUGUGGAUGAGAUGCAGAAAGCUAUAAGUCGGAUUUGCAUUUCAAGCAGAGCUGUUGUGAAGAUGUCGAAGACAAAGGAUGAGACCAACUUCUUGCUUCAUGGAAGCCAGGAAGGCGUGAAGAAGGCCAGGACACUCAUCAAGCAGAAGUUUCGAAGCAAAUCUCAGAUCACAUUUGAUAUUCCCUCAAGAUCACGACGUGCUGUAGUUGGAACAAAGGGAAGCACAGUGAGAGCCAUCAAAAGAAAGAACAAUGUUGACAUCAAAAUUGACCGCAGGCGCUUGUGUAAACCAUUCGAUUUAGAGAAAUAUCAUGAUGGUGAUCAGCUUGCGAUUUUCAAACAAGACCCGUCGGGUGAUGUUCGUUAUGUCGCUUCGGUGGAAGUGAAGGUGAUGGGCAGCCAAGUGGAUUGUAUGGCAGCAAAAAAACAAAUUUUGGAAGUUGCACUGCUACAAGUUGUCGAGUUUUGUCACUUCCCGCACGGAUUAUAUCGUUACGAAGCGAGAAAAAGGGCCGAGGAGUGCUUCAAUGAUGUAUCCAUUUUUACUGGCUAUUCACCAAUUGAUACGUUAGCAGUGGAAGGCCACAAGGAUACAGUGUAUGAAGUUAUGAAGCUUCUUCGCUCCUUUGCCGAUCUCGAAUGUGACUCGAUAGUAAUUCCUACUGCAUUGAGGUACACCGGUUUCAUGAGCUCUCUCCAGAAUGUUGAAACAGAAGAUUUAAAAGAAAAUGAAAAGAAGGCCGAAACGAAAAUAAUAAUCAAGGGCCAAAGAGCGGAUGUAACGACGGCUUGUCAGAUGAUUGUUGAACACAUUGCAAAAUAUUUUUCUCAUAGACUCAUGUUGAUAGAUCUUCACGGUGGUAACAUUGAACAUGUUAGGAGAGUGUUGUCGUUGUAUCAAGUAAGGGAACGGGCCAAAAGGUUAUUGAACGAGAAUUCUGUUUUUGGUGAGUAUCCAGAGAAAGAUUUUCACAACGUUGAAUACAUCGAGGUGUUUGGACUCCAAGAAAAGGAUGUGAUGCUUUCUAUCAGUCAACCGCUUCUCAAGGUGAGCUACCUAACAGAUGGAUGCAAAAUGGAGUUCCAUUGUGACGGGGAUGAAGAUUGCAAGGACAUGAUAACGUUGUUUGACGAAACUGAGCGGGUGGAGAAGACCGUCACUCUCAUCAACCAGAUUUUGCAGUGCGAGAAAGAGCAGCAGGUAUACACCGUGGUAUUCGAAAUUCCGUCUUUGUUGGUUUAUGAUCUCAAGAGUUACUACUAUUUGUCUGAUUUCAAGGAAAAGUAUGGCAUAAAACCGCACAUAGUUAGGAAGGAUGGACAACCCAAUAAGCCAACUUGGCUGACGAGCACCUCGGACGUGUCUAUUGUCACACUUACGGGUAACCGGGUCUAUGUUGAUGCCCUCAAAUGUGAGAUUGAAGAGAAGGUCAGGAAAUUCAUCCCCUACAUGUUCACAGAGGUGUGUGAUAUCGAUGAAAGUUUCUUUGCUCGAGUCAGUGGAAGGGAUUUUUCCAACAUGCUGGAAUUGGAACGGCUGCACAAAGUGAAAACCAGCUUAGGAACAGCCGUGUUGACAUAUGGCUACCUUUUUAACGAUUCGAGUGGCUCUUUCGAUGAUCAUCAUCGUGUUCAGAUAAUGGGAGGAUCGAGUACACUGGUAAUCCAGGCUAAGGAGAGUCUCCUGAGACUUUUGGAAACAAUCAAAAAGUCCACUGAAACAGCUACAUUUCGAGUACCGAAAGUACUACGUUACGACAUUCGAAAUCAACUAGAUAUGUCGAGAUAUGAUAAGAAAUGUUCGGGAGUUGAUUGCGAGUUUCGAGAUGACGAAGCAGAUGGCUUCAUCACGCUAGAUCUUCAUGGGUGUCAGCCCGACCUCAGGAACGCGGUGGAAAGAACAAAUAGCGUGAUAACAGAGCAUAUAGAGAAGGAAAAAGACAAAACAUAA